AUGGCGGCCAGACUGCCAGAACAGACGACGGGAGAAUUGCCUCCUGAAAGUCCUCUAUGGACGUAUGAUAUAGCAAAUGGCAAGGCUCUCAACGCAGGGCUCCCGAAACUGCCCGGAUUGAACGUUGAGAUUUUUUUCGGCGAAAAAAAUAAUCGUCCGCGGUGGUUGAUAGUACCUGCACCAUGGACGGUACUUCCUAAGGAAACUACCCCUGGUGGAACAGGCCUAGAGGAGAAACGUGCUGACCCGAAGAACCCCAAAUUCAAUGGCGAGGAAAUCUUUUGUUGGGAAUUCGAUCCUCCUUCCGAGCAGAAAGGCGACCGAGCGCUCUAUAGACAUGCCUAUGACGCGCUCCGAGAGGCCCUCCGCAAUCCUAAGUUUAGGGAAGAAGCGAGAGAUUAUAUCCAACAGCGAUUUUCAGACCUCAUGCAGAAUAGGGAGGACGUGCUCCCACGACUUCCUAUGCCCCCCGAUGGUCGACCGUCCCUGAAGCGACAGGAAGCCAUUCCAGAUGCUGCCAGCCCGCAGUACAGUUGGUUCGAUCGCCCGAUGCUAGUCUCGAAGCCUGGGUCAGCUAUAUCAGCCGGCAAUCCCUUCCCAGGGAUAGCACCUCCAGCCCCGACUUUUGAAGCAACCUCUCCCUCAUAUGAGUACGAUGACGAUGAUCCCGGAGAAGCCGCUAAUCCCGCUCCAAUACCAGGCCCCUCAGAUGGGGAUACUGAAACUCACGCCGAGGUGGCUGACGAGGGCGGCUUGUAUACAACACAACCAUCUGCCCUGUUGAGCAACCAAGAAAACAUCCCCAAAUCCAAGCUACCAGGCCCGAUACCCACCACCCAGACCGGCCAGCAAGUCCCAAAGGAAGCAGCAGCAGCACCACCACCACCACCACCACCACCACGCAAGCUACCGGACCCACUACCCACCAAUCAAGCCGGGCAGCAAGCUUCAAAGCAAGCACCACCACCACCACCACAAGGACCAAAUCCGAUCCCCACCAACCAAGACAAGCAGCAAGUAUCCAACCCACCACCAGCCCCGGAGCAGGAGGGGGAGGAGGAGGAGGAACUUGAGGAAGAAACAAGAAGAUCGAUAUCCAGCGAUGACACCAGUGUCAUUGACACGGAAACAUCGCCAUGGCACAACCCCGAGUACACGGAUCAGCUGGUCCAGGAAGCGGCCGACAAGCUCCUGAAGAAUGCCGAGGCGUACUGGCCGCCAGAGCGGAUCCAUCGCCGGAUGAGGAUGUGGUCCGGCGUCGAGAUCCACGAUCGCACCACGAUCGGCCUCGAGGGUCAGAUCGACCAGCUGCCGCCGUUCCCGGGCAAGUUCGACCCCGCGGCGGAUGCGGUGGGGACGCUCAAGAGGAAGCGCGGCAGGGCGCCGAAAGCUGCUGCUGCUGCCGCGGCCGGGGCGGCGGCGGAUAGUUCGAAGCAGGCGGCUCCUGGAGAUGGAGAUGGGAAUGGGGAUGGGGAUGGGGGCGGGGACGGGGAUGGCGAUGGCGAUCAGGCCCCGCAAGCUGCUGCGAAGGGGGCUCCGAAGCGCGAUGCUUUCUACAUUAAUACGAGGACUCACGGAAGUUUUCCGCAGACGGCGCGGAGGGGUCGCAGGAGUAAGAGGAUUAGUCGUAUGAACAAGAAAAAGAAGAAGAAGUAGGGCUUGGGGAAGUUUGAUGCGGAGAUUCAAGAUGGUCGUAACCUGCUGAAGGACGAAAGGUGGUGUGGGUUGCUGAUAUGUUGCAAAUAUCUCUUAUCUCUUGUGUGUAUCUAUACUUGGUUCGCUUGCUAUCCUUGGAUUUAACAGUUGUACAUAACCUUCUCGUUAUGGCUCUGUAGGCAUCAGAAUAGGAAGUCGUGCACUAUAUA